AUGAUUGAAUACAUAUUAACCCAUUAUAGAUGGAUUUUCGUGUGUCUUUUCCUUCUGCCGGCGUCAUUUCUUUUCGAUACCUGGAUGUAUUGCAGAAACUGGUUGAUAUUCAAGCUUAGCAGUGCUCCGAAGCAGCACUUAAACAAAGUGAAGCAUGUGCAAAAGCAGAUACGAGAUUGGAAUGACAAUGGUAGAAAAACUAAAAUGUGUACGGCAAGACCUGGAUGGCAAACGAUGUCAUUUAGACAGCCGGUCUACAAGAAAUCCUUCACGAAAAUAGACGUCAACCUGGUCGACAUUCUAAAUGUCGACGAAAAGAAAAAGAUUGUCACAGUGGAACCAAUGGUAACGAUGGGUCAGCUGACAGCGACGUUAAACCAUAUGGGCUGGACGAUCCCGGUGCUUCCUGAAAUAGACGACCUUACAGUUGGGGGGUUAGUGAUGGGGACAGGAAUCGAGAGCUCUUCUCACAUUUACGGGCUUUUUCAGCACAUAUGCGUCGCUUACGAGGUGGUUUUGUGCGACGGUUCCGUCAUUAAAUGUUCGCCAGACAACGAACCCGACUUGUUCUACUCGAUACCUUGGUCGUACGGCACUUUGGGCAUAUUGGUUUCCGUCGAUAUCAUGAUGAUACCGGCCAAGCAGUUUUGCAAGUUAAACUACAAGCCUGUAAGGGGCUUGGAGAACAUUGCAAAGGAGUUCGAAGAAGCAAGCAAAAAUAAAAAUGAUAACGAAUUCGUUGAGUGCUUACUCUACAGCAAAAAUGAGGCUGUUUUAAUGACUGGAAAUCAAACUAACAGCAUAGAAGAAGACAAAGUCAAUAUUAUCGGUAAAUGGUAUAAACCCUGGUUUUUUAAACACGCCGAAACUGCUCUAAACAAAAACAAACAGUUCACUGAAUACAUCCCCCUUAGAGAUUACUAUCAUAGACAUACAAGAUCUAUCUUCUGGGAAAUACAAGAAAUAGUACCGUUCGCUAAUAACAUACUGUUCAGGUAUUUAUUGGGGUGGUUGAUGCCACCUAAAGUAUCUCUAAUGAAAAUAACGCAGACUGAAACCACCAAAAAAUUAUACGAAAAUCAUCACAUCAUUCAAGACAUGUUAGUUCCUAUAAUUGAUCUCAAAGAAAGUAUUGAAGUGUUCCACAAAGAAGUCGAGUUUUACCCCAUUUGGUUGUGCCCGUUCAAUCUACCAUCUCUACCAGGUAUGGUACAUCCAAAGGGAAACAUUGAGGAGUUAUUUGUGGAUAUUGGAGUUUAUGGAGUUCCCAAAGUUAAAACUUUCCAUCCUGUGGAAACCACGAGAAGAAUUGAAAAAUUUGUAUCGGAUAAAAGCGGAUUCCAAAUGCUUUACGCUGACACCUAUACAACGAGAGAAGAAUUCAGAAAAAUGUUUGACCACACGUUAUACGACAAAUUAAGAACAAAGUUCCAAUGUCAACAGGCAUUCCCAGAAGUGUAUGAUAAAGUUUCAAAGGAAGCAAGAACAUGA